ACACACUUCAAAACGCUAAAAACCAUACAACCAGAAAACCUUGAAUAAGGAAAAAAAAAUAAUUAUGACAUUCCAUUUCUUAUUGCGUUUUUGCUCGGCCAAAUCCAAAUUUCAUGACCCAAUUCACACUCUCUCUCAAUCUCUGCAAAACUGAGUGCUUCCCGUGAAACGUGCGCAAUAAGUAAAACCUGCAUUCUAGGUGACCAUUCUGUUAGUGGAACUUUGGAAAGUCUCUGAAAGGAAACACUCGUCCUCAAUUUUGGGAGCAGUUGCAUAAAAGGAAUGGUCACUCAACUUGGAGAUAAUGGAGAUGCGUACUGGAAAUUCCCGUUCCAAUAAAAAGCAAUCUUUAGAGAAUAACAAAUCUGCCACUGAAGAGAAAAGUCCUGCAGAAAAAGAAGCAAACACUUCUGUAUUUGUCAACUAUGCUGCAAUUGCUUGGCAUGACAGUAGAAGAAAGUGGGUCGGGGAUCAGCAGGUGCAAAGAAUGGCCAAGGAUCCAAUUAUAAGCUGGUCAACAGCGUAUGAGGAUCUACUUUCAACCAAUGAGUGUUUCCCUGAGCCAAUCCCUUUAACUGAGAUGGUAGACUUUUUAGUUGAUAUUUGGCAUGAUGAAGGCCUGUUCGAUUAGGCAGUCCAGAAGAGAUCAAAGUUGACCCUCUACAAAACCGUGAUUAAGGAUGAUAGUCUAAAUCCUUGUAGCUGAUUAAUGCCAUGACGUGGCCAUGCUUUGCCACAUCAGAACAAAAGUAAAUCAUUAUAGUUCCCCAAAUUCUUUGGAUGAUAAAUCCAGAUACUGUUAAAUAUUGCCAAUACUGUGGGAAAAAAGAUAUACUUCAGGUCAGAAUGAUGAUUUAUGAAUAACUUCCCAGACAAAUUAAUUGUGUUUCUUACUAUCAUCGGAUUUGCGGUCCUACUGAGGACCAUGUAGUUCUACUUCUACUUCUUUUUAUGAACUGCAACCCUUAAUAAUUGUAGGAAUUUGAGGUAAUCAAGUAAGGAUGCAACAA